AUGAGCAGAAGAAAAACUAAUACUAAGGUGGUUCUCAAUGAUAAUGAUGAUGAAAUCGCAUAGAAAGAGCUGAUGUAUGCACCUGUCAUUUAGAUAUACACAGAUAAUCAAUACUUGACAGAAAUGCAAGUGGAUUCUAUAACAGGAAUAAUGUAAAAUAUAGAAAUAUUUAAAACUUGGUGUCCAGAAACAAGCGCACUAUCUGAAUUCACAAGGUUAAUAUCUUAGAAUUUAUAAUAUGAGCGAUUUCAAAAAUAAAAUGCUGUAUUUAAUUUAGGUGAUCAAGGAGAUAAAUUCUAUAUUAUUCUGACAGGAACAGCUGCAGUCUACAUCAAAAGACAGCCUCAACAAAUUGAAACUGAAGAAUAGGAGAUCUUACCUAAAAUUGAAUAAUAUUUAGAUAAAAUGCAACUUAAUUCGAUAACAGAAAUUGAAUCUGACUCAAAAUUCUCCUUUUUUGAAAAAUUAAUUAAAAAGUAAACUAAACCACUUAAAUAAAUUGAAUCAGAAUUGCUCUUAUUAAAUACUGGUAAUUUUGAUAUGUAUUUUACAAAAUAUGGAAUUUGUAAAUUCUAAUAAAUCUCUUAAUUACAUUCUGGACAAUACUUUGGUGAUAUGGCAUUAACUACUGAUAAGCCUAGAGCUGCCAGCAUUGUUACUAUAACAGAACUCUAAGUACUUUCACUUAAUAAAACGAAUUUUAAAAAAAUAUUUGAAAAAUAAAUCAAGGCAUAAUAAGAGAAAAUAGAAUAUUUUUUAAAGAUGUUUCCUUCAAUGACUAAAUUUAAAAUCAGCAAAUUGAUAAUGUAUUUUUCUCAAUACAAAUAUCCUCCAAAUUAUAAGAUUUGGAAAUAAAAUGAUAUAGUAGAUGGUCUGUUCUUACUGAAAGAAGGAGAAAUCUAAUUAUAAAAAACAGUUGAUUUCCAUCCUUUUCUUAAAUCCGAAUAAAAUCAAAUACCUAGUGAAACUAAAAGAGAGAAGACUUCACAAAUGGAUCUUAUUACUUUAGCUAAUUUGACUGAUGGUUGCUUUAUUGGGGAAACAGACAUCUUUCUCAAAAAUGAAAGAAGGGAUUACACAGUUAAAACAGUUACUCAAUGUAAUGUGUAUGUCUUGCAUAUGGAUAAUUAUUUGAUAGUUAAAAGAUAAUUUCCUGAAUUCAUUAACCCUCUUUAAUUGCUCUCUUAGAAAAAUAUCAAUCUAUACAAGAAAAGAUUGGAUGAAAUUGUACAGACCAAAGUUAUAAGCCUCAAUUUCCAAAAAAAAGAAGAAUCUAAUGUCAUUGAAAGAAGAUACUUAAAUGACAUUGAAAUUAAUUAAUAGCCUAAUUUCGUUCAUUAACAUCAAAUAUCUUCUCCUAUUUUAAGAUCUUCGAUUCAUCCAAAAAUGACAAAACAGCAAAUGGUUGAGUAAAAUCAAUCAAUUGCUUUUUAACAUUAAAAGAAUGAGAAAAUGUCUAAUAAGUAAGAAGAAUUCAAUAUGUUAAAAAUGGCUGGUGAUAAUUUCUAAAAAUGCUUAUUUAUUCGAGUUGAAAAAUAGUUUGAGUAAUUCUAACCAACAAAACCUAAAGGCAAGACCCCUUUUUUUAGUAAACAUCAAAAAGACAUUAAAGACUUACUUAAUUAAAUUAAACGUAAUUAGAUAACAUAAGAAACUACUAUCAAUCAAUAUGAAGAAUCAGAUCAACAUAGUCUACCAUUUCUUACUUUGAGUAAAAGAUAAUUAAAAAAUAUAAAUCCUUAAGUUUAAUAGAAAAUGGAAAUUUUAAAAUAAUGUUUAACUAGUCCGACUAGUUGUCAUUCUAAUUCAGUUUCUUAAACAAUAGAUUAAUUUUAUAAAAUUAAAGCAUAAUAAGGAUUUGUAUUAUGUGAUUCUCUUCAUCCAAUACAAGAUCGAGGUCAUACUCAAUCAAGAUUCAAUAAACAUUUGGCUAAUGUCAAACUUACCUAAAGAAAUUAAAAAACUAUUUAAUAAUGUUUGAAUUCUCAAAAAGUAUCAAUUGAUAAUUUGGAUACUAAUAUUUUUAGUUCUUAACCUACAUUACAAUACUUAUGA